UUAUAUUUUUUAUUAUUAUACCUUUAAUUAUGAGAAUAAUAAAUAUUAAUGUCAAUUUAAAAAAUGUGAAUAUAUUUGCUGUUACAUCAAUGUUUCUAUGGAGAUCAUUUUCCUAUGGUAUAUGCAUUUGAUACCACAUCGAAAAGGAAGAGUUAAACAUUUUUAUAAUUACACUUGUAAAAGUAAAGAUUUAAUUAUAUUAUUAUUGGAAUGGCAACAUCAGUUAAAGAACGUAUUGUUCCUGCUGUAGAUACUCUUGUUAAAUAUGACAAUCCUAUAUUGGUUACAACUCAUCCAGAAAAAGUACAAAAAGAAUCAAUGCUAGGUAAAGUAGGUACUCCUACUCUUUGUAAAGUUCAAACAACUCUUACUACGGCUGAUGUACGUCGUGAGACCGGUGAAAUUUUAAAUGGAAUUUUACCACCUAAAGAAUGGGAAGAAGAUGGACAAAUAUGGACGCAGCAAGUUUCAAGUACUCCUGCUACAAGAUUGGACGUUAUUAAUCUACAAGAACAACUCGAUAUGAAAUUGCAACAGCGACAAGCAAGAGAAACUGGAAUUUGUCCUGUACGCAGAGAACUUUAUACGCAAUGUUUUGACGAAUUGAUACGACAAGUUACAAUAAAUUGUGCCGAACGUGGUUUGUUAUUAUUGAGAGUAAGAGACGAAAUCAAAAUGACAUUGGCUGCUUAUCAAACUUUAUAUCAGAGUAGUAUUGCAUUUGGAAUGCGUAAAGCACUUCAGGCUGAACAAGGCAAAGAAGAUUUAGUUGCAAUAGCGGAUGAAUUAAGACAGCAAAAAAUAGAAUUAGAAAAUGCAUUGACAGAAUUGAGACACAAAUUUGAAUUAACUGAAAGAAGAAAUGCUGAAUUAAGAGAAGCAGAAGAAAAGAAAUAUACGGAAGAAAUUCAAUUUCUUAAAAAAACGAAUUUACAAUUGAAGGUAGAAAUACAUUAUCAUUCAUUUUAUAUAUUUAUUAUAUCGGAUUUAAUGAUAAAUUUGUAGACUCAACUGGAGGGUAUUAUAGCACCAAGAAAAUAAAUAAUAAUAACCGUACCUACAAUUAUUUAUGGAAUGAUCAAAUAUUUGAUUGAGAGUACACCUUGGAUUCAAUGUAUUGUUAUAAACUUUGUGUGUGACCAACUAUUAUAUAAAAUUUUAAAUAUAUCUGAGGUAUUAUAUAUAUGGAUCUGGUGUUGUUGUCUUUGUAAGAUUAUCAUGGGAUAUGACAUUUUUCAAGAUAAAUAUAUUUAAAAUUAAUAUAUAACUGUUUAUAUUAUGAUUAAUACAAAUCAUUUUUUUGUAAUAUGUGUUUUUGUUCAUCAAUGAUACUGCCUUUACAAAUUCGUUUAUAUAAUAUUAUAAAAUGUAUAAUCGAUUUUUUUUAUUAGAGAAUACAG